CGGGCGGACGGGCAGGGUCGCUAAGAAACGGGUCCGGACGUCGCCCGCAGUGCGGGGAGAGGGCAGCGCAGCAUCGGCGGGCGGCUGGCUGGCGCGGGUCGAGGGCCCGACCAUCAGCUGAUUCUGGGGAGCCAGUCAAGCGCCCGCGGGGGCAAAGGGCGGGGCCGCGCCAACGUCCCCGCCGCGGCCGACGUCAGCGCCGCUUGCCGCUUGCCGCUUGCCGCAGGAUCGCAGGGGCGCAGCUCGCGGGCAGCUCUCCGCGGGAGCCACCGAGACCUCUGCGCUGCUCCGCGAACAUGGCCGACUCGGAGAACCUGGGCCCCGCGGAGCCGAGCCAGGCGGCGGCGGCAGCGGCGGCGGCAGCGGCGGCGGCGGCCGCGGAGGAGGUAAUGGCGGAAGGCGGUGCGCAGGGGGGAGAUUCUGACAGCACGUCCGGCGACUCCGACGGCGCGGUCGGUCAGACGGCUGAGGAGCCCCAGACGCCUGCAGAGAAUGCACCGAAGCCUAGAAAUGACUUUAUCGAGAGCCUGCCUAACUCGGUGAAAUGCCGAGUCCUGGCCCUCAAAAAGCUGCAGAAGCGGUGCGAUAAGAUAGAAGCCAAAUUUGACAAGGAAUUCCAGGCUCUGGAGAAAAAGUAUAACGACAUCUAUAAGCCCUUACUCGCUAAGAUCCAGGAGCUCACCGGUGAGAUGGAGGGGUGUGCAUGGACCUUAGAGGGUGACGAGGAGGAGGAGGAGGAUGAAGAGGACGAGGACGAGGAGGAGGGAGAGGAGGAGGAGGAGGAAGAGUUAGAGCCUGCGGCAGAGGCUGCAGCGGAGGCGGCGGCCGCUGCCGCCGAAAAUGAGGGUCCCCACUCUGCAGUGUCUGACGACGCCCAGAAAUAAGCGGGGGCAGAGAUUGCAGAGGAGAAUGACAACGCAGAUUAAAAACCCCGAUUUUUUUUUUUUUUUUUUUUUUUUUACACAUCGGUGGACUUGAAAAGGCUCAGGUUUUGGACCAAACUACAAUGUGAAUCAAUUCUGACAUUCCUAAAAUCAUAUUAAAUCGACGCAAUCAGAUUCUGCCCAGUCCGUUUCAAAUCUGAACACCAAUAUACCAAAAGGUGUUGCAAACGAGUUAAAUUUAAAAUGGUUUUUUCAUGAUCUCUUCUGCGAGGACUGGAGUUGAGACUUCCUAAGGGUGUCAAGUAGAUGUGAAGUAAAGAACGUCACUUUGAAACCCUUCGAUCACACUAUCAUCACACUACGCCCAGAACACCCAAGCCGAGACGGAACAUGUUCUCUAUGCCUAAUUCUUCAAUUUCUUUAGUCUUGCAUUUUUCCAGCGCAGAAGCGGAACCCAAGAAAAAUCUCAUCUUUAAGACUUUGCUUUCGUAACCCAGACAUCAGCUUUACGCUUCAGAGACGCUGAUGGGAUGGAGGAAGCCCGUGCCCGAGAUCAUGACAGUACUGUUAAUGAGGCCCAGAAAACUGCCACUUCCAAUUCGAAAGACUGUUCUGAAUAUUUGGUUCUGAGAAGGAGGGUGUAUAACCUGUACACUACGUCAACAUAUGUGUUCAUUAUUUACAGUCUCGUGUUUAUGUGUUUUCUUGGUAGUGUCUGUUUACAAAGGUGUUAAAAAAAAAACCCAAUGUUUAAGUAUUGAUCCCUUUAUCUAGCAUUUUAGAAAUAUUAAUUUACUUGAAAAGAUGUAGAAUCUAGUAAAUUCUGUAAAGCAUGUGUAUCCAAUGUUAUGUUUGAUCCUUGUGAUGUCUUUUUGUCUUGUAGCUUUUAGAAUGUAGCUGUGAAAAUUAUCAGAACUCUUCAUGGAAGCUAAUGUGUGGAAAACAUACAUACUUGAAGAACCAAUCCAACUGUGUGUCCCCACCCCCAGCUCAGAAGUAGAAAGGGUUUAAGUUUGCUUGUGUUAGCUGUGCCUUCAUUAUUUUGCUAUGUAAAUGUGACAUAUUAAAUAUAAAAUGGUGCAUAAUCAAAUUUUUCUGCUUGAGAACAGACUGUCAUACAGUAAAGGAUUUUUAGGAGGACACAUUUAAUGUAAAGACUCUUAGCUUCUUUGUGGGUUUUGAAUUGUGUGAUCUAUAAAGAAAUUUAAGCAUAACGUUGUUUACCACUGUGGUGUUAAUAAAACAGUAUUUUCAAAAAACAAAAGGACUCAUACCCUGACUGCCUGGAAUCAAAUCCCAGCUCUGCAUCCUAUUAGCAAUGAAUCUUGGGCAAUUACAUUAAUCUGUGUUCAGUUUCUCCUCAUCUAUAAAAGGGGAUAGUAACAGUCCCUUCCUCACAGGUUAUUAUGAAGAACAAACUAGUUAAUUUACAUAAAUCCCACAGACCAGUGUCUGACCCUAAGGGCUCAAGAUAUUUUAGCUGUUAUUAUUAUGGUUAUUAUUAUUAUAUGAAAGAUAAAU